CCAUAUCUCUGUUAUCCACGCAUAACACAUUAACGCGUGUCUUAUUACAGCAAAAAAAUAAUAAUAAUAAUGCACAAAAUAUUCAUAAGACAACGAGUUGAAAUCAAAUGAAGCUAUUGGUUCAAAGUGAAUGCUAAAAGUGAACGAAAACGAGACUUAGAUAGCAGAGUAAUGUAUUUUGUGUACGUAUGAAUGUAGGUAUGUGAUUUAAAGCCCGACUUUAGAACCGGUUUAAACCGGAAUCGGAGGCUUAAUAGGGAGCGAAUGAAUCCACCAAUCACAAUACAGCCUGGAGCAAUUAUCAGAUACGUCACUGUUAGAGUAACGUUAAUGUCCAUUAAAGGAGAGGAAGAUGCACUAAUCCGUAUUAUGUCCAAGAAAAGGCGACAUAUUUCUCAAAAUACUGUAAUUAUUGUCGAAGCCGUGUUUUAAAAGAUAAAGAAAUAAGGCAAACUUUGAAACGCAGGAGAGUUGUCUCAUGUCAUCACUGGAGUCCAUGAAGAAGGACUGUUUGGCAUCCAGCACCUUGUCAUCGACCUCCUUGAAAGGCACCUUAACCAAAAUUCACAGCAGAAAACAUGAAGCCAGAGAGAAGCUCUUAACACACAGCUCAGAGGAGACUGAGGAAGACUGUAAUACGUGCAGUCUCUCUCUCCCCAGUUGCGGUUGCAGCGGUUGUAGUCGGACGGUUCGAAGGAUCCUGGUUGCGUGUGUCAUCUCUUUCCUGGCUCUGUUUUGCUCUGUGGCCAUGGAUUUCAGUUCCUCGUUGGAUCAGUGGCAGAUGACUGAGAACUGCCUCACUGAACUGACCUCCUGCAGAAUUCAAGCCACGAUCCAAAUCAUCGCAGAGCUCCAGAUGAUGAGAAAUUCAUGCUCAUCGAGAGAGAGUAAAAAUAUCGAUCAAGAGACGUUCCCAACUCCUGAACUUCCUGAAUUGUCAACCAUCGGUGCCACUUGUACGGGUGUGGAAACGGAUGGCUUAGGGCAGCCUUGCGGCACAGAGCACGCCGAGUAUUGUGAGCGGCUGCAGUCUGACAUUUUUGAGUUUGUUAGUGUGAUGUUGGGAGACGAUCCAACAUGCAGCAAUUGGACAUGGAUUUUCACUCCUGCGAUUGAAAAAAUAUUAGACUUAUCAGGCAUAAGAGAUGUGGACAUUGGUCUUCUGAAGCACAGUAUGGACUGGACAGACAUGAUCACGCUGAGAUUUCUAGUAACAUUCCAAGAGCUGAACUAUCAGUGGAUCUUGAAUGAAGGUGGACCAGACAUUCAGUAUAAAUGGUUACAAUCUUUAACCACACUGAUGGUCCUCCAAGACAUAUCUGAAAAUUUUCAGAGCUGCUGGAUGGAGAAUGUGGACCAGGAGCUCAAUCUGAAAGACUUCUUCCUGUAUAACUCUUGUUGCUCUUUGAAAGGGGCCCAAAUUUUUAUUUCUGCCUUGAGAAACAUCCAGAACUGCUUUCUUACAAGAACCACGUCAGCCCUGAAGCUGAAAUCCAGAAAUGUCUCAUCCAGCAUAAGCCUGAAGAUCUGCCUGCUGACCAUUGCAUGCCUCAUCUACCCCACUGUGCUGCUCUCCUUUAAGCAGAUGAUGGGGUGGAUCCAGGACUACGCACAGACCUUGAAGGAGAAAACAGAAGAUUUAAAAAAACAGAGACAGCUCGCUGAGGAUCUCCUCCAUCAGAUGCUGCCCAAGUCCGUAGCUAAGCAGCUUCGCAAAAACAGACAUGUGGAGGCUGAGAGCUAUGAGAGUGUCACCAUUUUCUUCUCAGACAUUGUGGGCUUCACUGCCAUUUCAGCCUCGUGCACGCCUCUGCAAGUGGUGGAAAUGCUCAACAACCUGUACAUGUGCUUUGAUACACGCAUCGACUCUUACGACGUCUACAAGGUGGAGACUAUUGGCGAUGCCUACAUGGUAGUGAGUGGGCUUCCUGAGAGAAAUGGGGAUAAACACGCUGAUGAGAUUGCUAAGAUGUCUCUAGACCUGGUGGCUGCUGUGAGGCAAGUUUCCAUUCCCCACAUGCCCAACAAACGGCUUCAGCUUCGAGCAGGGAUCCAUACAGGACCGUGUGUAGCUGGAAUUGUAGGCUACAAGAUGCCCAGGUACUGUUUGUUUGGAGACACAGUAAACACAGCCUCUCGAAUGGAAUCCACCAGCCUGCCUCAGAAGAUUCACACCAGCUCUGCUACUUAUUUGGCUCUGAUGAAAGACAACGCAUAUGAGCUCCAGUUACGGGGAGAGAUUGAAGUGAAGGGGAAAGGAAAAAUGAACACCUAUUGGUUGAUUGGCAACAAAAACUACAGCGUUCAGAAUGACAGUCUGGUGUGCCACUGGAACCCGAACCUUGCCAGAAAGAAAAGGACCCCAGUAGGGAGUAAUGUCUCAGUGGCAAAUUCCGCUGUCACAGUACAGAGUGUGAGUGAAAGAACCACACCAGUAUCACAGCCUGAGGCUAUUUACAUACCAGAGACAUCGGAGGUCACAAUGCGUGUCUCGGCUCAGGUGGAGAACAGUGUUGGCGGCUUCGGGACCCUCGGAUCUAUGACGGGGGUUCUUCAGGAUGAGGAGAAUUCCACCAACCCACAAACACACAGAGAAACCUCACUACCAGGCCUCGUUCCACACUGCUAGGCAGAACUAAGUGUUGAACAGGACUUGUGUAUUUCACACGUGGUGUUUUUUUCCCCUUUUUUAGACAAACAGGUUCAGAGAAUCUUUUACAUAGUUUAAAUAUGCUUAGCCAUUUAUAAAAUUCAAAUGCAAACUUGACAGCCAUUAUUAUAGUAUCCUUCUGAUUCCCAGUCAUGUACGUCCUGUAGCUUAUCAGUAUUAUAAUUUGAGAAAGGUUUAUUAGUGAAAUGUGACAUUUUACUGUCAGAUACGCACAGAAACAAUGCUGGACUUUAAAGUGUUAACUCAUGACAGACAGGAUAUUUAUAUAACCUGGUUAACAGUUAGAAGCAAAAAUGGUAUGCAGGGUACAAAUUAUUUGCUACCAGUGUGUCUUUUUGGGAGCCCCAUUGGUUAAAUUUAGCCCUGGUAGGGAUCCAGAUGGACCUGGGGUAAUUCUGGAGCCCAUUUGGGCUGUUUGUGAAAAUAUACAUGAGCUAAGAGUGGGUAGGAGCCCAUGAGGGACCAGAGACCAUGGAGACCCGUAUUAUCCCACUUAGCCCUAAAAUAGGAUAUUAUGGUCCCUAUUUCAGUGGCCAAGUGGAGGCCAAAACUCUGACAUAUGGACAUGUUGGCUGGGAAUGUUCCAAUCUAAUUCAUAUCAGAAAAAACAUGCAUUUGAAUGCAAGUGCAGAGGAAAGCACAGUAUCACAGUGGUCAACAUUUAUGUGAUAAGGCAAAACUCUAAAAUGAAAAAACAAACAAAAGGGAAUUUAAGGUUUUUGUUAGGCUCAGGUUCUGGAAAACAGGAUUAUUGUUUGGAUGUGAAUAGCAAUCAAACAAUACUUAAUUGUAAUUAGGACUGUAUGAAUGUAUGUUUCUUUUAUUGUUCAGUGUGUCUCUUUUCCUCUAUUCUUUUUUUUUUUCAAAUAUUUUGACCGUCUGUUAAUGCUAUGUGAUUGUGAGAGACUGUAGAUGGUAAUUUAUUAUGUUGUACAUUACAAAUAACCAUAUAUACCUUAGUGUUUAACAAAUUAAACACACAGCUCCAAUCCUCUGGGAGUCCUGAGU